AUGGACGACCCGAGGAUAGAAUGGCUUAGAGACCGUGUUUAUGAAGCCUUAGACAUCCAGGGAAACGAAGUAUUCGAAGAACUGUUGGAAAGGGAUGACGGAGAGUAUGAACGACGUCUAGGGAAGUACUUAAAUGACACACCUGAGGAGGGGGAGACAGCAAUUCUUUUCUACAAAGUUGUUAGAGAGGAGGAGGAAGAAGUGGAAGUUGAAUGUGAACCAGAAAUCCCAGAUAUUGAAGCAGAAGAGGACCUUGGAGAAGGAGUUGAAGGGGAUGGAAAUGAAACAGCAGAUGGAGAUGAAGAGAUUCAGGCACUGCCGACUUCAGAUCCUGAUGUAGAUGCUGACACAGAACAAGACUCAGAAUCUACAGAUGUGGGCAAGAAAGGAAAGAAAAAGAAACCAGCCAAGGAUGGAGUUCCAAAAACAGAAAAGACCCCAGAACCCCCAGCUACUUCAGAUGUUCCUGACCAGCCUGAAGAAAAUGGAAAGGAAGAAAAUGGAGAAGAAAAUGAAGAUGAUAAUCUGGAAAGCAUGCCAAAGACUAAAAUCAUCAUUCAGAAAGUGUGGCACACUUAUCUAUACAUGUGCUAUGAACACAUGCCAGAAGAAAUAUCUGACACCUUGUGCAUCUACUUUCUUCGCAACACAACCGGCAUGGUACCUCUGCCUUCAUCACUUGAAGAGGCAGAGGAGAUACUCCCAUCAUACUUUGAGUAUAGUUUACUAAAUGCUCACUCGUUAGUCAUGUUAGAGCAGAUCAUCCGAAUGGUUUACAUGCCUUUGUUGUCAUAUUACCAACACAAAAAUGGAGGGGAGGAUUUUGGUGCAGCAGUGAAAACUCCAGCUAAAAUCACAAGUCGUGAGGAUACAGGUUCUCCUGCUAGCAAAGUAGAGACAGGCAAACAAACAGAUGCUGUAGAGUCCAGAUCUAAAACUUUACUGCGGGAUGAGUUUCUAAUCAACAUGCAAAAGUUUGCUUCAGCCAUUGCCAGGACUUUGCAGCAAAUUGAAGGAGAGGUUCGCCUAGAGGUCCCAGAUGUAGAAAUUCCAGACAGUAUUGAAGAAGCAUUGAAAGACGAAGCCCUGGUCGAAUUCAUCCAUGAGAAGUGUUUAAACUGGAAGCGUCAGAUGCAGGCUGCAUUGGAAAAUCUGCAACAAAGGAACCGCCAGGGCAAUGGUCCACUAGCUGAAAUUGAUUACUGGAGGGAAAGAAAUGCUGCCCUUAGUGCUCUGCUAGAGCAGCUCAAGAUGCCCAAGGUAGCACACAUGAUAGACAUUCACAUUGCAGCAGACGGGGACUUUGAGGAUCUACAGUCAGAACUUAACAAGUAUUACAUUGAAGCCAAAGAUAAUGUGCGCUUCCUGUCAACUCUGGAGAGACAUUUCAAGAAUGUCACUUAUGGGGCCUCAUUCAGGGUUGUCACUGAAACAAUUCCAUCGAUGAUGAAUGCUCUGCGUAUGGUCUGGAUCAUCUCACGUCACUAUAACAAAGAUGAAAGAAUGGUGCCUUUAAUGGAAAGAAUUGCCUGGGAGUUAGCAGAAAGAGUUGCCAAAGUUAUUAAUGUGCGGGAACUAUUCAGUUUGCCAACUGAUGAAGUUAAGAAAAGAACGUCUCAAGCAAAGACAAUGCUGACCACAUGGCGAGAAGCAUACCAGGAUGUCAGACAAAAAAUUGAAGCAUCUGGCCGAGACCAAAGAUGGGAGUUUGACCGCAAGCGGUUGUUUGAAAGAACAGAUUACAUGGCCAACAUUUGCCAGAAUCUCUAUGAUAUUGCUCAGGUCCUUGAAGAGUUCUACAACAUCUUUGGUCCUGAGCUGAAAGCUGUAACAGGUGAUCCAGCUCGCAUUGAAGAGGUGCUGUUGAGAGUUGACAAGUUGGUGGAUCCCGUAGAGAACCUGUCUUUUGAUGCCUUCUCACAAAAAGAGGCCCACCUUUGGAAAAGACUCAUGACCAAUUUCUAUAAAGAGGUUGCUGAGAUUGAAAAUGAAGCAAAGACAUUCAUAGAUGAAUCCUUCCAGUCUCUCAGAUCGGCUGAGGGCGCCUUCGAUAUGCUUCUGAACUUCAAACAUUUGAGGUCACGGGAGGCUAUAAAUAAUCAGAUGAUGCAAAAGUUCAAGGAUAUUCUGGUGCAGUAUGGAAAAGAGGUGGAUACCAUGGACCAGUUGUUCAAUGAGCUGAAGGACAAUCCUCCGCUGUACAAGGGCUACCCACCAACAGCUGGCUCCAUCUUCUGGAACCGGAGCUUAUUUCAUCGCAUCAAGCACACCAUCAUCCGAUUCCAGACUUUGGAUGAGAUGGUAGCUUCAGACAUGGGCAAAUCGACUAAAGCCAAAUACUUGUCUGUUGGAAGAAAUAUGAGAGCCUAUGAGGAACUGAAAUAUGAGCAGUGGAAAGAAAACGUGGAGGCUGUCCUUCCUGGGCUUCUCAAGAGAAACUUACUUGUCAAACAAUCAUACCAGAUCGCAACACCCACUCCAACUCAACAUUCAGCAACAGGAAGUGGGGACAAGGAAGAAGAAAGACACUCUGCAGCAGAGAUUCAAGGAACGGUGAAGGAAAGCAGAGCUCCAACAGACAUAGCACUCCAGG